CACUUCCUUUUUCGCGUUUCAGACUAAUUGAAUGUUCGGUUGUGCCCUAGUGUGUAAAAUGCGAAAUGGUUCCACUGCUCUGACUUGUCAAAUAGUACUGCAACUUAUAAUCACUUGAACACCGUCUUUGUUCUGGUCGAAGUCCAGAGUCAAACUACUGCUGAAUCGACUAGAAAAAAUACAUAAUUUACCUCAAUCAACUGAAACUAUCGAGAAAAAAUACUAUUUAUUUGAAGAAAAAAAAAUUAGUGAGCAUUCGCAGAUAUAGGACUACUGCAUUUGUUUGUACUCUGCCGAAUCACAUUAUUUUAGAAUAUUUUACAAAUUAGUUUCGUACUGUAUAGCUAGUUCAUCAUUAGUGAGUUGCUGAAUCACAAUUGCCGUUAGAAUAUCUUCUCUGUAAUCUCUCAACUGUCAAUCAUUGUUUUAUUCUUAUUUGAUCCUGCAGUUGGAUUUCAUUGACUGGAUUCCCUUAUUGUGUAGGGUGGUGAAAAUUAGUUAUAACUAGUGCUCGUAGUAUUAUUAGUUUUACUUCACGCACCAGAAGUAUCAGCUUAUAAGGUGGCCACACUGAAAGAGCGUCGGUGAAUUUAUCCUUUCGUUAGUGUGCGAAUCCGAUAUUCUGUCUCUAAAAGGAGACCUAUUUUGUGUGGCGUCGACAUUAUUUCACUGAUUACUGGUGAAGUUUUUAUCUAGCUAUUGUCUUGGUAGUGUUCGAUUAGAUUGUUGCAUUGGGAAGAUGCGCUCAGGAGUGGGAUUCCAGUACCAGCCUGCUGCAAAUGGGACUGCGGCGGCUGAGUCAUCAUCGUCCUCGUCUGUCACCCCCACUCCCCACCAAAGUGCCUCAUCAACUGCUGCCUCGCGGGGAACAGGGAGUGUGAACACUUCAGUCUCAGGAGUGUCGAGUGCGUCCAAUCUGAAGUGUCUGCUGCCGCAGAGUGCGGAGAUCAAGUGUGGAGACCAGUUCAAGUUCCUCAUCCUCAUGAUGCCCACAGACACCUCAGUGCCCUUCUUCAUCCAGGAGCUGAACAAACACAACUGCAAGUGUGUGGUCAGAGUCUGCGAGAGCAGAUACUCCCUUGAGCCAUUCAAACAGGCCAACAUACAGGUGAUUGAUUUGCCUUACCAAGACGGGAGUGCACCCUCUCCUGAAGUGAUCAACACAUGGAUUGAGUUGCUGCAGGGCAAGAGGGCAGAACUGCAGAGGGAGAAGAAGGAACAGAAGGAGGAGGGGGGCAAGGGAUCUACGCCCACAUCGUCUAAUGCUAAUUCUGCCUUAACCGAGAACAACAACCACCUCAACAAACACAAUAGUGCAGGCUCUUCUUCGCCAUCUGGGAGUGACAAAGAGAAAGAGAAGGACAAGGAUGGCAAAGGGGGGAAGGAGAAGGAGCCAGUGUGUGUGGCCAUCCACUGUGUGGCGGGACUGGGCAGGGCGCCGGUGCUGGUGGCUGUGGCCCUGAUGGAGUGUGGCAUGAAGAGUCUGGAAGUGGUGGAACAGAUACGGGCCAAACGCAGAGGUGCUAUAAACCAGACGCAGUUGGACUUUUUGACGAACUACAAAUCGAAGAAGCGCCUGAAGCAAAACAGAAACAAACUGAUGGCCUGCUUCCAGAUUAUGUAACUGGACUCAAACUGCUCUCAAUCAUUGGCUUCCAGAUCAAAGCUUAGAAAAACCCACUGAAAUACGCUAACUUGAAACAGAAACACAGAUGCUUAGUUGGAUUGAUUGCACAUAUACAAUGUUUUGCGCGCUUCAGAAGAAGUUAUAGAAGAAGUUUAUGCCCGAUUUUACACGGAACUGUUGCUGAUAUCUGAUGAAUAGUCAGAAAAGUCUAAUCACGAUUGACAUAUUGUUAUCUUCUGCAGUAAUAUCACUAGACUCUAUUAUAGCUAACCUAUCUUUAACCAAAUUUGAAGCAAUUUAGCUUAGGUUAAUGCAGCAGCGUUAUUAACAUGAGAUUUUAUUGUAUUUUGUUGUUGCUCAUGCAGAUGGCCUAUGGUUUGUAAUGUUCGCAAUAAUUUGUCUUUAUUUUUGCAGAACUCAGCUAUCGUUUAUGCCUUUUGCUCAAUUCAGAUUUUCACUGGA